CGCCAAUCAGUCGCGAUGGGCUGGUCUGGAAUUCUGACGUUUGGGGCUUGCUUUAGCUCUUCAAGGUCUUUUGUCCUGCUCCUUGUUUUUGCCUCCCCGUGAAUCGCAACCCCGCCCACUUCACUGUCAAACGAGGGGGGGCCGUCGUCAACUGCAGAGUACUCGGUAGGUAUAUAAUGUCUCUCGUCUGCCGGCUCUCGUUCCCCUCUUUCCUUUGUUGUCGCGACACCGGGAGGAGCCUUCCUUGACUUCCCCUCCGUAUUGCUAGCAUCCUAGUAUCAAUCCAUUGCGCUGUUCUAUCCUUCCUCUGCCAUCUCUCUAUCCCGUUAGACUUGAAUCAUUCCGUUGUCGCAUACAUAUCGCCCGUCCUUCAUUCCGUAUCUUUACAUUCACUCAUCCACACCCGCCGCCAUGACCGAGGAACGCCGUGAGAGAAGACCCUCGGUCGGUGCUCCUGUCUCCGAGCUCCAGGGUCCCAUUGGCCCCGGCUUCAGUCGGCCCAAGCACAAGAGAACCUACACGGGCUUUGGUCCGGCGGAGACCAAGAGCGUCGAGGCCAGCAUCCCCGAGCCGCUGAGAGAAUUAUGGAGGAACUACUCCGUCCGUGGCUUUACCAGCAAGGAAGAUUUUGAGAAAGAAUUGGUCCGCCAUGUCGAAACCACCUUGGCUCGGUCUCUGUACAACUGUGAUGAGCUUGCCGCAUACUCGGGAACCGCGCUGGCCUUUCGAGAUCGUUUGAUUAUUGACUGGAAUAAAACCCAGCAACGCCAGUCCUUCACAGACCAGAAAAGGGUGUACUACCUCUCGCUCGAGUUUCUGAUGGGAAGGGCACUGGACAAUGCCAUGCUCAACGUGGAAAUGAAGGAUAUUGCCAGAGAGGGAUUGAAGGACCUUGGCUUCCGGAUCGAAGACGUUGUCAACCAGGAACAUGACGCCGCCUUGGGAAACGGAGGCUUAGGUCGCCUGGCCGCGUGCUUUCUCGACAGCAUGGCGACGCUGAACUAUCCCGCCUGGGGCUAUGGCUUGCGUUACCGCUAUGGGAUCUUCAAACAAGAGAUCGUGAACGGUUAUCAAGUGGAGAUCCCCGAUUACUGGCUUGACUUCAACCCGUGGGAAUUUCCUCGACAUGAGAUCACCGUUGACAUCCAGUUCUACGGCUGGGUGCGGAAAUAUGAGAAUGAACACGGGAAAACCGUCCACUCGUGGCAAGAUGGUGAGAUCGUUCAAGCGAUCGCCUACGACAUGCCCAUUCCGGGUUAUGGAACCAGCACAACGAACAACCUUCGACUCUGGUCCAGCAAGGCAAGCAGCGGAGAAUUUGAUUUCCAGAAGUUCAAUGCUGGCGACUACGAAAGUGCAGUGGCUGAACAACAGCGCGCAGAGACUAUCUCCGCCGUUUUGUACCCCAACGACAAUCUCGAGAGAGGUAAGGAACUCAGGUUGAAGCAGCAAUACUUCUGGUGCGCUGCUUCAUUGCAUGACAUCGUUCGGCGGUUCAAGAAGACCCAGAGACCAUGGAGCGAUUUUGCAGACCAGAUUGCUAUCCAGCUUAAUGAUACCCACCCUACCCUGGCCAUAGUUGAGCUGCAGCGCAUCUUGAUUGAUCAGGAGGGUCUGGAAUGGGACGAGGCCUGGAACAUCGUGACGAGUACCUUUGGUUACACCAACCAUACUGUCUUGCCCGAGGCAUUGGAGAAAUGGUCUGUUCCAUUGUUGCAGAACCUCCUCCCUCGACACAUGCAAAUCAUCUUCGACAUCAACUUGUUUUUCUUACACUCCGUGGAGAAGAGGUUCCCGGAUGACCGGGACUUGCUCUCUCGGGUGUCAAUCAUCGAAGAAUCGCACCCAAAGAUGGUUCGCAUGGCCUACAUAGCAAUCAUUGGUUCCCACAAGGUCAACGGAGUGGCAGAGCUGCAUUCCGAUCUACUCAAGACCACGCUAUUCAAGGACUUCGUUCAAAUCUAUGGACCCGACAAGUUCACUAACGUCACCAACGGUAUCACCCCUCGCCGCUGGUUGCACCAGGCCAACCCACGGCUUUCGGAGCUAAUCGCCUCGAAGCUCGGUGGACGCGAGUUCUUGACGGACCUGACACUGCUCGACAAACUGGAAGCGUUCGUCGAUGACAAGGAAUUCCGCAAGGAAUGGGAAGAGAUCAAGACUGCGAACAAGAUCCGUCUUGCGAAGCACAUCAAGGACACCACUGGCUACAGCGUCAACCCCACUGCCUUGUUCGACAUCCAAGUGAAGCGUAUCCACGAGUAUAAGCGCCAGCAGCUUAAUAUUUUUGGAGUGAUUCACAGAUAUCUGACAAUCAAAGCCAUGUCCCCUGAAGAAAGGAAGCAAGUCUUGCCCCGAGUGUCCAUCAUCGGUGGAAAGGCGGCCCCGGGCUAUUGGAUGGCCAAGACCGUGAUCCAUCUCGUCAACAACGUUGCGUCCGUCGUAAACAACGAUCCGGAUAUUGGCGAUCUCUUGAAAGUGAUCUUUGUUCAGGACUACAAUGUUAGCAAAGCCGAGUUGAUUUGCCCCGCCUCGGACAUCAGCGAGCACAUCUCAACGGCUGGCACUGAGGGUAGCGGAACGAGCAACAUGAAAUUUGUGCUGAAUGGUGGUUUGAUCAUCGGAACCUGCGAUGGUGCUAAUAUCGAGAUCACUCGUGAGAUUGGCGAGCAGAACAUAUUCUUAUUCGGAAACUUGGCGGAGGAUGUCGAGGAGCUCCGCCACCGACAUCUUUACGGCGAUUUCCAGCUCGAUUCUCAUCUCGCCAAGGUCUUUGAUGCCAUCCGAAGCGGCACGUUCGGCGACCCCGGCGAUUUCUCCGCGCUCAUUGCGUCCAUCGCGGAGCAUGGCGAUUACUACCUAGUCUCGGAUGAUUUCAACUCGUACAUCACCACGCAGAAAAUGGUGGACGAGGCGUUCAAAGACCGAGACGAGUGGCUCGCCAAAUCCAUCACCAGCGUAGCUCGCAUGGGCUUCUUCUCCACCGAUCGUGUGAUCAAUGAAUAUGCAGACAGCAUCUGGAACGUGGAGCCUCUGGCUGUGAAAGACUAGAUCACUUACUACUAUCCUUGCAUGUAUUGUUCCUGUCUGUCAUCUCAUUUCUUCUUGCUUUUGGGGUUCAUUCCUUACUUGGUCUGGAUUGCGAGCAUGCUUUCGCGUGUCUGUUUAUAGCAUAACUACGACGGAUGUUUUGAUGACCAUCAGAG